CACAUGACCAUCAAUCAGGCCCCGGUUACUGAAGAUCCCACGUCUGCUACUGGGAGCCCCAAUCCUGAGCCCUAUACCCAACCUCCUAAAUGGCCUGUGGGUCCAUACUAUUACCCCUCAUCUGGUCCUCACCAUUACCCCUUCAGUCCCAUCUACUACCCCGCACCCAUCCCAGGGCCUAGCCCAGUCACUGCUAGCCCUUCCCAGACUCUCCCUCCAGCAAAGCUCCCUCCAGGUCCUCUGGACCCUACAAUGCCCAUGGUCUACCCACCCCAUCACAGCUAUUACCCAUAUCCCGUGGAUGUGCCACACCACCCAUAUUCUCUCUACCUGACACCCCGCCCCCCUCUGGACCCCACUCUGACCACCCCAGCCCUUUACCCAACAGGUACAGCCCUGCCUGGUGCUACUCAACCACCCCAGACCUCACCAACCACCCCCUUACCCUCCUCCAGGACCAUAUCCAGCACUACUACUCUCACUCCUUGGAUGUCCAUGAACACCCCUACUCUCCCCCCUCAGCCCUCCCUCCGCUGUCAAGCAGGACAGAUGAUGGUGUUGCUGCCCUCUGCUCUCCUGGACUCCAUCCAGGUCAAAGAUCAGAUUAAUGGCUGGGUGUCUAUCUCCAGUGCCCCUGCGGCUUGUAGAUACAUCCUGCAGAUGAGUAAGGGUGGUGAAGUGAUCCUCUAUUCCCCUCUCCCUGCCUGCCACAGCCAGGCUAUGGCCCUCGACCCACACCACCUCUCCCUCCCCCUGAAGUUUUGGGACACAGUCCUGGGGCAAUACAGAACUCUGGAGCUCCAUUGCCCGUCAACCGUGACCCCAUCACCUCACACCACUACCACCCCACCAACGACCCAGACCAGUCCUCCCACUCCCCCUAAGCCACACGUCUUCUGCUCUGCUCGCCACAUGAGCGUGGAGCUGCCCCCAGGUCCCAUAUCUGGAAUCGUUGUCAAGGACAUCGAAGGGAAUGAGAGGAGCCUGAAGGAUGCCCCAAAGCAUUGUGGGUAUGUGGUGAGCAAGGGAAAGGACGGCAUGAUCACCCUGACCCUCCCCUUCAACUCCUGUCACAUGACUGUCCAGGGUAAAGAGCACCGCAUUGAUGUGAUUUACUCCACGUUGAACGGACAAAAAGGAAAGGCCCAGUUGUCCUGUCCAGUUUCCAUACCAGUUUCUAGUCAAGAGUGUAACCUUCCCAGUGACCAGAGCCUCCCCUGCGGCCCCCGCCCUCAAUCCAAGGCAAAGUGCCUCUCUCUGGGCUGCUGCUAUAGCACCAAGCCCUCUGCUUGCUACUACCCCAUGGAUGAAUGCACAUUGGACCGCCACUUUGUCUUUUCGGUGCCCGCCUCCCUCACGGACCCCCCUCUGUCCCCCGCCUUGCUCGCUGCCGCCGGCAACCCCACCUGCACCCCUCAGAGGGUGACUCCCGACUAUGCCCUAUUCAAGAUCCCACUGGGCGGCUGCGGGGCGCACAGAUACGAGGUAGGCCAGACGGUGAUAUACAUGGUGGAGAUAAUCAACACGGUCCAGUCCAUCACCCUCAACUACGGCACCAUCACCAGAGACUCUCCUGUUAGGCUGCUGGUUGAGUGCCGGUACACUCCUGGCUCUGUGGUGAGUGUUGGUUUCCUGGUCAAAAGCCCCUCCCUGGGCUCCUCCAUUCAGGCCCAGGGGGUGUUGGGGGUCCAGCUCAGGAUUGCCAAAGACGUGCAGUACAGUAGCUUCUACCCCCAGUACCACCGGCCCCUGCAGAUGCUCCUGGGUAAACCCUUACACCUUGAGGUGCGUCUGCUCAACCCCCCAGAUGACAAAGUGGUCCUGCUGGUACACUACUGCGUGGCCUACCCCAGAUCAGGACAGACUGUCUGGGUACUCCUCUAUAACGGGUGUCCUAACCACCUGGACCCGGCCCCUCAGAAGCCUCACCCAUCUCCUCCACCCCCACCCUUCCACCAAGGCCAGACACGAAGGUUCACCAUCUCCACCUUCCAGUUCCUCACCUCUGGACAGACCCAGACCAUGGACGACCAUGAGGAGAUUUACUUCAUGUGUUCUACUGAAGUGUGUUCACCGCUGGAUGGCAGCCUGUGUGUAGAGGGAUGUUUCGGCCAGUGACUAGAAAAGACAGACAGAAAGCAAUAAUCAAGGAAGAUUAACUGGCCCAAGGCUGCUCGUUCACCACUAAUAAAAACCCUUAAAAGGA